AUGCGUGACGGGAGCGACAAGGAUUGUGAAUCCAUGCGCAUGGCAUUGGAGAAAUUUAGCCUUGAGGUGCUUGUUCGUAAAGACUUUACCAAGUCUCAAAUUAAGGAAGAAUUGGAAAACCUCGCAAAAAUGGAUCAUUCGAAAAAUGAUUGCUUCGUGUUAGUUAUAUUAACGCACGGCAGCCCCAACCAAUUGUAUGCAAAGGAUGAUAAGUUUGAUGUAUCCCUGCUCUGGGAGAACUUUGUCGGAUCUAAAUGUGAGUCGUUGAUCGGCAAACCGAAGCUGUUCUUCAUUCAGGCAUGUCGUGGAACUAAGUUCGACAAUGGAGCGCCACAACCAUCACUUCCACCGAACGCUACAACCGGAGCAGAUGCAUCGUCUUUCACCAUCCCUUCCACGGGCGACAUACUCGUAAUGUACGCUACCUUCGAAGGGUAUUACGCUUUUCGCAAUCAAGAAAACGGUUCCAAUUUUAUUCAGACACUCAGUAAAACACUACUAGAAAACGGUAGCAAAGUAGAGCUCAAAAAAUUGCUAAAAUAUGUUCAACGUCAAAUUGCUCUCAAAUUUAUUUCAAAUAAUCCUAAUGAACCGGAAUCACACCAAAAAAAACAGAUGCCCUGCAUCGUGUCGACGCUCACCAAGGAUUUUUAUUUCACGAAAAAGGAUAUUGUAGAGCUUGACACUGCCAAAGCUUCAGUCUGA